AUGGAUAAUCCUUCACAACCGACUGAAAAGCUGAGGAGUUUUGCCGGCGACAAUGAAGCCCAUUUACAUCCCUAUCCAACGCCGAACCCAUUCUCACCACAGACAGUGGCGGUUGGGAAACCCCAGUCGCAACCAUAUCAAUCAACCACAUCAUCCUCAUCAUCUGUGCAGGGUUCGGUUCCACCUGCAGCCGUGUCAAAAGUACCCAUCCCUCGACUAGCCACAGGCGAUGUUUCAUACAGGCGCCGCCGUUCAGCACGCGCAUGCGAGCCCUGUCGCCAGCGCAAGAUCAAAUGCGACGGUAUACGACCGGUGUGUUCGCAAUGUAUUCACCACAACCACCAAUGCACCUUCGAAGAUGUGAAACGAGUACGCGACCAGAAACGAUUGGGCUCGCUGGCGAAGCGCGUGGAAGCGUAUGAAGCUCUGCUGAGAGAGCUCGAGGGCGAGGUAGAUCUCCCUACCGCGAGAAAAAUAAGGAAAGCUAUGAAGAAUUCGGGGAAUUCCCGAAAACCCGACGACGACGGAUCCGAUUCUUCGACGUCUAUGGGUUCGCUCGAGGCGAUCGAUCAGGUUGAUGAGGAUCUGAACCGCAGUGAGCGCACCCGUGCUGCUGGUUUUUUUGGGAAAAAUUCCGAGGUUCAGUGGAUGCGCAAGUUAGAAACUGGCGUGAGUAUGAAAAGUCCCUCCAGAUAUGGAGGUAGUGGUGGUGCGUUGAACUCUCUCCAUUCGGAUAGUCACCAGGACGCAUCAUUCAUCCAGAAGCGACAGUUAUCGGAGAAGGACAUCUCGACUUCCACAAUGGACUACCACCUUGAUAACCUGGAUAUUCCGUUGAUUGAACCGUGCGAUCCAUUCGUUGUGCCCCCGCGUGAACUCGCGGAUCGCUAUCUCCACGCCUUUUUGACCUAUGUUCAUCCGACGUUCAGCGCUAUUCGGAAGAAUACCUUUACCUUGCAGUACCAGCAGUUUUUCAACAAUGCAUUGUCUCCACCACAGAAAUGGCUGGCCAUUCUGAACAUGAUAUUUGCCAUUGGCUGCCGUUUCUCGAGACUCAUAGAUGAUCCCCAAUCAAGCGAGGAGGACCUCCUCUACUUGACCCGUGCUCGGCUUCUCGGUCUGCAUAGCAAAAUUCUCUUUGAGCACACCGAUCUCCAGCAGAUCCAAUUGGAAAUGCUCGUGGCGAUAUACCUCCUCUGUCUAGGACAGGUCAACAGAGCCCACGCAUUCUCCAACAUGGCGCUCCGUUCUGCCCUCUCCCUAGGCAUCAACCUACGCCUUACAGACAACCGCACAGAAGACGGCGCAAAAGAAGCGCGCGGCCGUCUCUGGUGGUCCAUCUACUCAAUGGAACACCUCUUAACCUCAAUGACCGGCCGAGCCUCCUGCGUAAGCGAAGGUCUCUGCUCCGUCCCACUCCCGCUCCCCUGCGACGAAGAAGCCUUCGACCACCCGGAAGCAAAGCGUCUCUUCCAAGACUCGGCUCUGCGCGAGUCCGAACUUCGCCCAACCCUCUUUGAAUUACACACCCAAUCCCCCACCCAAUCCCCCUCCCAAUCCUGUAUCUCAACCUGGCCCCCCUCCCCCUCCCUCUUCUCAACCUUCCUCGUUGACCUAACCCUCGUCACCCAUGCCAUAAUGAACAAAGUCUACUCAAUCGAAGGCCUCCGCAAAGGCGCCUCUCAAAUCGAAUACCGCAUUCAAAAAUUCGACCUCAAAAUCGACCGCUGGAGAACAAAACUCCCAUCUUUCUACCAAUUCACCCUCCCAAACGCUGGCCCCUGGCACCUCAACCACCCCCAGCUAGAAGAUCUCUCGGCCCCCUUCGUCCGCGAACGCGUCUGCCUAGCCAUGAACUAUUACUCUGCAAGAAUAAUUCUCUACAGACCCUGUCUAAACAUCCACCCCCAGUCCGACUCAGAUGCCUCCCCGCGCAACAGACUCCGCGCAGACAUGGCAACAAACUGCCUUCAAGCUGCCUGUGCCAUGAUCGCAAUCCUCCCCGAGUCGCCGGACGUGUCCUGGCUCGCCCGCGCUGCGCCCUGGUGGAGCGUCCUGCAUUACCUCAUGCAAGCUACCACCGCGCUGCUGCUGGGCUUGUCGUUCUCCUCGUACCCUGGCGCUCCGAAUCCCUCGAAGGAUUGGAAAACAGGCAGUGCAGAGCGGAUCUCUAACCCGCUUACGCCUAUCUCGAACAUGUACCCGCCUCUCCUGGAGACGGAUCUGAGGACUGCGGUUGAGUCAGCGCGGAAGGCGCUCUGGUGGCUCCAUAAGACGGCUGAAGUGGAUGUUGCUGCUAAAAAGGCUUUUGAGCUUUGUCGGAGGAUUGUGGGGAGGAUUGCGCCUGGUUUGGGGAUUGAGUUGGAUGAUUGGCCUGAUGGGGGGUCGUAUGUUGAGGCUGUUAAGGGUAGGAGGGAGGGUGGGAAUGGGAGUGUUAAUGGAAGUGUGAAUGGACAUGAUAUUGUGAGUGGCAUGGAGGCUUUUGAGGAGUUGAUUGAUUUUGAAGGGGGUGUGUUCUAG